AGCUGGGAUGAAGGACUUGAGCAGAAACUCGUUGCCAGUUUCCUCUGUGCAUGAGAGCGACUGAGUCCCAGGUUCCCCAUCUUCCCCUGGGACGUCGUGCACAGUAUCCAUUCUUGAACAGCCACGACAAUGGAGGUGCUCCCCAAGGCCCUGGAGGUAGACGAGAGGUCUCCAGAGUCCAAGGACCUGCUGCCCAGCCAGACAGCCAGCUCCCUGUGCAUCAGCUCCAGAAGUGAGUCUGUCUGGACCACCACCCCUAGAAGCAACUGGGAAAUCUACCACAAGCCCAUCAUCAUCAUGUCAGUGGGGGCUGCCAUUCUGCUCUUCGGCGUGGCCAUCACCUGCGUGGCCUACAUCUUGGAAGAGGGGCAGAAGGUUGUGCAAGUCCUCAGGAUGAUAGGGCCUGCCUUCCUGUCCUUGGGACUCAUGAUGCUGGUGUGUGGGCUGGUGUGGGUUCCCAUAAUCAAAAAGAAGCAGAAGCAAAGGCAGAAGUCCAACUUCUUCCAAAGCCUCAAGUUCUUCCUCCUGAACCGCUGAUGACUGGUUGUCCAGAAGAUCUGCAGAUCAAUAAGCAGCCUCCUACCUUCUCUGCAGGUACCACGAAGCUGACUCAGGCAAACCCUCCUCUUGGCCCUUUAGGCGGGAUAGAGCU